AACACAGAACAAAGUAGAUGUGUCUAAUUGCUGAAUUCGUGUUUUUAACAUUAUAAACGUGUACAGUAAAUUCAUUCGAUUCAAUGUGAGGAACUAGUUUUAUAAGGCAGGACGAGCCGUCAGGAAUUAUUUUGUUGUCGGACCGCGAUGAUGGAGACCCAUGUGAGUUCAGAAGAAAAUGAAGAUCCUGGAGCCGCUCCUUAUGGAAACUUCAUCAACUACUACUCCUUUAACCCACCAGAGAACCGCCUGGGUUUGAUACCAGAAGCGCUGCUUGAAAACAUCGGAUUCGGUUCCGACAGAAGUGAACGUGUUUUAAUGCUGGAUGUGGGAUGUAACUCAGGGGACUUGUCGGUUGCUCUGUACAAGCAUUUACUGCAGGAGGACGCCUCUGGAAGUGACUCUCCUAAAAGAGAACUGCAUCUGCUUGGAUUUGACCUGGACCGAGAUCUGAUCCUUCGGGCACAAAAGUCCAACCCUUUUCCCCAGAACAUCCAGUUCAUCCCCCUGGACAUCACGGAUGCUCAAGAGAGCCGGGCAGCGCUAGAGUCGUAUUUGGGCAGGUUUGUCUGCCCCCGCUUCCACCUGUGCACAUGUUUUGCGGUGACGAUGUGGGUUCAUCUGAAUCACGGAGACGCUGCGUUCCUGUCUCUCCUCUCGAGACUGGCGUCUCUCAGUGAGUUUCUGCUGCUGGAGGCUCAGCCGUGGAAGUGUUACCGCUCUGCUGCGCGACGCUUACGCAAACUGGGCCGCACUGACUUCGAACACUUCAAGGCCCUUGAGAUUCGAGGGGACAUGGCUGCGCAUGCUAGAGAGCACUUGGAAAAGCAGUGCAGCAUGGAGCUGGUGCAGAGCUUCGGUAAUACAACCUGGGACAGAAGUCUCCUCCUCUUCAGAAGACGAUAAUAGAGAGCAACACAGUCAGACUUUUAUAGAUAGUUUGAUCAAUCAGUCAUCUGAUGUGUGUAGGCUGAUUUUGGACUGACUGGACUGUUU